UUGCAAGCUAUUGUGCAAGAAAAAGAAAAGAAAAAUUUUAUGCCCGGAAAUAGUGUCAUGGUGAAAAAGACGGCACUAGUGGUGUCAUGCGCCAUCACUCUCUGACGUCACAUCCACUUUGAUUUUAUUUGAUUGGUUGUUUUUUGUUGGCAUCACAACUCGAGUAUUUUUCUUCUAUCUCUGACAGUUCAUUGGUUUUUUGAAUUUAAAUUGACCACACUGUCGCGCAUUUAAAAUGGGCCUUUAACUUUGAAAUAAAAUUCAAAACAUUUUAACGUUUAUUUUGCAGUGACCGUUUCUAGUUGACGAAGCCGGCAAAGCGUCUGUUGAUUUUUACUAGUGAAGUUGUUUAAAUUAGUUUUUAGUGAUAUAUUUUUAUAAAAAUGUCGAAAACAGCAAACAAAGUUAUGAUUAUGCCUGAAAAUAUACCUCCUGAUUAUCAAAAUGCUGUUGAAGAGAUAACAAACAUUAUGGAAGAGCAUGUGAAAAUGAAUCCAAAUGGGUACAAAUGGUCACUGAGUGAUUUUGACAUUGGAGUUCCUCUCGGUCGUGGUAAAUUUGGAAGGGUUUACUUGGCCCGUGAGAAAAAAACAAAGUAUAUUGUUGCCUUGAAAACCUUAUACAAAGUUGAGUUGAUCCAAGGGCGAGUAGAAAAACAAGUAUUGAGAGAAAUUGAAAUCCAGUCACAUCUACGACACCCAAAUAUUUUACAAAUGUUUACGUAUUUCUCUGAUGAGAAAAAAAUCUACUUGGUACUCGAAUAUGCUGCACGAGGUGAAUUAUACAAUUACAUGAAAAAACAGCCUGGAAGACGAUUUAAUGAACCUCUAUCAGCUAAAUUUGUCUAUCAAGUUGCUGAUGCUCUGGAAUAUUGUCACAAAAAUAAUGUCAUUCACAGAGAUCUUAAGCCUGAAAAUUUAUUGCUUGAUUACCAUGGAAAUGUUAAGUUGGCUGAUUUUGGAUGGUCAGUCCACGCGCCAUCGUCAAAACGUAAUACGAUGUGUGGAACGUUAGAUUAUUUGCCACCGGAAAUGAUAAACGGUCAGUCUUAUAACGUUCAUGUUGAUAACUGGUGCCUUGGAAUUUUAUGCUACGAGUUUUUGGUUGGGGAACCGCCAUUUUUGAGUGAUAAUCAACAGGAUACUUACAAAAAAAUUCGCAGUGCUGACAUCACAUAUCCUCCUCACAUUUCAAUGGACGCCAAAGAUCUUAUAUCUAAGCUUGUUAAAAAACAAAGUUCCGAAAGAAUACCCUUAAGUUCUGUCAAGAAACAUUUCUGGAUAACUAAAAAUAAAGAUAAAGCAAAACUAAAUUAAGUUAAAAAAAAAAGUUACAAUUUUAGUUAUUUAUAAUUUGUAUUAAUCUUAACUUUCAUAUAUUACAUUAAUUUUUCCAUGAAAAAUAGUCUAGAAUUUUUUUUUUGACCAUUCUCCAGAACAUUUGUUUUGUCAGGACUUGGAGAUUUGAUUACUUCACAAUUAUUGACAGUAUUAAGUUUACUUGAGGAUUUAUUGACAUCAUCAACUUGUUCGAAAACAACUGAACGAAGAUCCUGUUUUAUAUUUUCGAUUUCUUGAAAU